AUGGCGACUUUCUUUCAAUGUUUGCAGUCCUUCCCAAUCUUGGACUGCUUGCUGUCCUAUCUCUCUGCUACGGACUCGGCAAUUGUGCUUGGUGUCACCGGACUUCUUUACAGCGCCGGCAAUAACGCGUACGCUAGAUACGUGGAUAUUUGCCGAGAUAUUCCUGAAUAUGCGAACUGGAUGAGAAAAAUGAUAUCGAAAGGCCAUACUGUACUUCUUAUCGGGAAGGACUUGGAGGAAAUCGAGCUCUCCUACAAGUACCCUCUCUCUUACUGGAGAGAGCAUGAUCGCAGUCACGCCAGAAGCCUAUGGCUAGUGGCUCUUACAACGAAAAUGACAAAAGAAGGCUUGAGAAAGGCAAACCUGCUUUCUGCCAUGGACGAGGAUGGCGAUAUUGUUGACAUCCCAACUUUUCCAGAACACUAUCUGCGGUGCUGUCACAUUGGAGGGGGUUGUAUGAAUGCCCUUUGCUUUCCAUCCUUGUUAUCGUUAUCUUACAACAUACCGUUACCUUCACCUUGGCCCGAUUGUGCCUACGACAUGAUGGAGAAGCGCUCAUGGCAUAUUCUUUCACGAGACCGUGAUUCAAACAUCGAUUUAUUCUAUCUCCCUAACUAUUGCUCGGAAGAUAUGCUUUUCGAUGAGGCAACAGAAGCAUCCGAGCCUUACUUUUCGGCAAUCUUCGGGUCUCGAGCACCCUUCGACGAGCCGAUUGCCAUUCCGUACAUAAACAUGGUUGAUGGGGAAGUCCGCGUCAGCAUCACUGAUCCAUAUAAGGACGACAUGAUAGAGACGUCAAACUAUGUGGAAUGGACUGGCGAGCAAUGGUGUGAGGAAUCGGAUAUGGAUACAUUUGUCUUUGCAUUCUAUCAAGCACGUGUCUUCCCACGAGGCAGGGGAAUAUACCGCCACCGAUAUCAAUUCAUGGCAAUAGAGUUCACUGGUCUUGACCGCGACUUACGUAGGAACUGA